AUGCAUCCCCCUCUGCCCCAGCAGAGAGCAGCGAGAGCUUGCAAAUACACCCGCACCCUUCCCCACCCUCUCCUCUUACACCAGAUGGUGCAGUUAGGUUCCUCCGAGCUGCGAGUCUCCGAGGUUUGCCUGGGCACGAUGACCUGGGGAGAACAAAACACCGAGGCGGAGGCUCACGCGCAGCUGAACCUAGCAGCUGAGUGCGGCAUCAAUUUCCUGGACACGGCCGAGAUCUAUCCUGUUCCGCCGCGCGCCGAAACCGCCAACCGUACAUCAACCUUCAUUGGGAAUUGGCUUCGACACCAGCGGCGCGAGGACUUUGUGGUAGCGACCAAGGUGGCAGUUGCCAACCGCACCGACCCGCCCGGCCGGUCCGCGCCUCCUCGACUGGACGGUCCGUCCAUCGUGGCUGCCGUGGAGGGGGAGCUCAGACGGCUGCGCACCGAUUACAUCGACUUGCUGCAGCUGCAUUGGCCGGAUAGGCGAGCAUCGAAAGGAUGGGGUGCCGGCAUAAGGGAAAGUAGAACUCACAGAAAACUGGCCGGUGACUUGCUGGGUUCUUCGCAGAUCCGGGCCUGGGGUCUGUCGAACGAGACGUCCUGGGGCGUUGUACGGCACUGCGCCGCCGCUGACGCCGCCAGUCUGCCCCGCCCCGCCACCAUCCAGAACAGCUACAGCCUCUUGCACCGCACCUUUGAGGGCGACCUUGCGGAGGUUUGCGGCCCCCACAACCUGAACCUGGGGCUCCUCCCCUGGAGCGCCCUGGCAGGCGGUGCUCUGACGGGCAAGUACCUUCCGUACGGCACUCGUCCAGCCGGUUGCCGACUGACGCUGUUCCCCGAGCGUUACGCCCGCUUCAACACGCCGCGGGUCGCAGCAGCCGUGACCGAGUACGUGAGGAUAGCCAGGGAGGCGGGCCUUACGCCUGCUCAGCUAGGGUAUGCCUGGUGCAGGAGCCGUCCCUUCAUUCCCUCCGUCAUCGUGGGGGCCACCAGCACCGAGCAGCUGGCCGAGAACCUGGGCGCGUUUGGAACCGGGGCCGCGCAGGGGCUCAGCGAAGAAGUGGUGGCGGCGAUAGAGGAGGUGAGAGGGGGAGGUGCAUAG